UUGACAAACCGUCAAAAAUUCUCAAUCUGUUUCAAAAAUAUCUAAAUACUAUUUCAAACCCUUUCAAACUAAAUCAGAAAUCAAAUGUAUCAAUUGUUACAUUGAAGAAGACGUCUGUGAUGUUAAUGAUACUCAAACUAUUUUGUAAUGAAUGAGAAAUGUCAGCUACCGACUCUUCGGCACAAACACAAGAAAUCAAAAAACCAAAACAUAAAUCAUAUCGCAUGGCGGACGACUCAGCAGCGGACUGUCUGUUCGAACGCCUCCGCCUGCAUCAGCAGCGUGCACCUGACUCCACGGAGGUGGCGCGCGCCAUUACAGCGCGUAUUAACUCACGACUCACGUCACACGAUAAACAUGUACGUCAAAGCACUUUGGAUAAAUUGUGGAACAAACAAUCGGGUGCGAUACAAAUGCUGCUCUCCAUACUUGAAAGCUCUAGAGAUACACCCACUUCCACUUACAUAACGUCUAUAUUGAGAGAAGUUUUGUGUUUAAAACAGGGAAAAGGAAAGAAAACCUCAGUGCAAAUAGAAGCGCCACCACCAAACAGGAAGAAAGAAAAUAAAAAAUCAGGCAAAGAAAACAAAGCGCCUCUCAAUAAAAAGGUGAACAACCUAGCAAGACAACAAUGCGCGCAGCACUUCAUAUCAUUAAACGGCUCGCAAUCUCUGCUCCGCACUUUGAUUGCCACUCAUAGUAAACGCGAUGGCAACGUUGGCACCGAACUGAUGCUGCAAGACCUCGUGUGGAUCCUCGCCUCUCUAGCACCUCGAGCUAAUAACCUGAUCCGGCAGCAGUGCGUCCAAGACUUUAUAUCGAUAAAAGGAACACAAGUCAUUAUUAAAAGAGUUAUCGGUACCAUGCAUGACAAACGCGAUCGACACUCGGGAACAGAACUGAUAUUACAGGAUCUUAUCUGGAUAUUAGCACCACUCAGCUCUCGAGAUUCCAAAUUCGCAAUGAAAGUAAGAAUGCUUGGGUGCGUAAGAACAAUGCAUCUAAUACUGAAAGGUCACUUUACGGACAACAAACUGAUUUUUCCUCUGUUAGUAAUAAUGAAACAGUUAGCCAAAAAUGUUGUCACGACUUCUAUUUUGAUCCGAGAUGGAGUGAUCGCUACUUAUGAACGAGUACUGGUCAGCCUAGGAUUCAUCCCCACCGCUAGACUUCGAUUAUGUUUGGACGCUAUAGACUACUUCAGCAAAAAUAAAGUGUGCUGCAUGCAGAUCGUGAAGACAGGCCUGAGUAGCGUGCUCCUCCGGGUGUUCGACCGGUGGGAUCGCUACGAGGGCCGCAUGAGACUCAAGAUAUGUGCUCACAUUUUACAGACCCUGCAGCACUUAUGCAAUAUAAAAGCAGGACGUCGAGCGUUAUGCACAAAGAAGCAUGUGCAGACACUACAUAGAUUUUGUUCACAAUGUCCAGACGAACCAGAAUUUGAUGGACUAUUAGCUCGUGUAUGCUCAGUUAUCACAUUGUGUCUUAAGCACCAAGCCUUACCUGUUCCUGCCUCUAGUCCAGCUUCUUUUAAUCUUAGUCCAAUUUUAAAAGGAACAAACACAUCGUGGCCUUGUCAUGAAGAUGAAGAAGAUGCAGCAAACUCUGACUCGAAAACUAUUAAUUCAGAUCUUGAUGAUGAUGGACCUGAUUCUGAUAUUGAAGGAGAUGAGUUUGCUGAUAUUGAUUUUGAAGACGGAGAGAUUAAAACUGAUGCAAACGAUGAAGAAAAAGUUCACACUAGAAGUGGUGAUAGCUUACAAAGUGCCCUAUGGAUCAAUCCUAAUGAGAGAGAAAUAGAAGACUUGAAAAAAUAUUUUAUUUAUUUUAAAGAAUUUGGAUCGUACAAUAAACAAGUGAGACUUGUUAAAAGUCGUUCCAAUUCUAGAGGAUCUAUAUUAGAAGAUUUUUUGUCUUCCCAAUCGGGAAGUAAUAGAGUCAUGCCUACGUUGAAUCUUUCAUUAACUGCUGUAUUAGGAAGUACUGAUUACGAUUCUAUUACGGGAUCGUCGCACACGACUUCUUUCUUUCAGGGAUAUAAUAAAAUUCAGGAAAGUUCAUCAUCUACAUCGUAUUCGUCACUGAAGAUACAUAAAGACAUUUCUAAAUAUAGCACAUUUGCAGUAGUGUAUAGUACGAUAUCUUCCAGAGUCCGCAGCGUAAUACCCUUUGUAAAAGUAGCAUACCCAGAUAUGAUGGGUGGUCAAGGUUCCAAUCAACCCGAACCUCUUAAUAAAAUGGAACGAUCCGCUUGCAGGACAAAACUUCUUUCCUGUGUUGACCGUGCCAUAAACCCUGAAGCUUAUAUGAAUGAAGUUGUAUACGAUCUAGAUCAACUCUGUAGUAGUAACGUAAUUAAUGUGGAUACCACCUUGCAAAAAAGUUUCAGUUCUGAUAGUUUAUUUCUAAGUAAUAAUGAUGAACAAGAAAUUACCAAAGUCAACACUUUCUCCUCGCGACUAAGCUUCGAGUCCCGAUUCGAAUCUGGGAAUCUCAGAAAAGCUAUUCAGGUAGGUCCAAGAGAGUAUGAACUGAUUCUUAUGCCGGAUGUAAACUCCAACAAAAGACAUCAGUGGUUCUAUUUUGAAGUACGCAACAUGCAGCAGGGUCGACCUUACAUCUUUAAUAUUGUCAAUUGUGAAAAGUCUGACAGUCAGUUUAAUUUCGGGAUGAAACCCGUCAUGUAUUCCGUUAAAGAAGCUGUCAUGGGAAAAGCAGGGUGGGUGAGAGCCGGAUCGGACAUCUGCUACUACAAAAACAGUUACCACUACGCGAACCAGAAAAAUCAUAACAAGUGUUACCUAACAGUCACAUUCAAUAUAGAGUUCCCGCAUACGAAUGACGUUUGCUACCUCGCCUACCACUUCCCGUUUACUUACUCUAUGAUGUUGGCACGAAUUUGGGAAUGGAGCUUGCAAAUGCCUUCCGGAGCGUAUCUUCGUGCAGAACCGCUGUGUUAUUCGUUAAACAACAACGAAAUCCCGUUGCUCACCAUAUCAGCUGAAGAUACAUCUACCAAUCCCAUCGUGGAGAGGGAGAUAAUAUUCCUGACUGCGCGCGUACAUCCUGGUGAGAGCAACGCGUCGUGGGUGAUGGACGGUACUCUCGACUGCUUGCUAGGUGCUUCCACGGCCGCCGCGGCGCUACGAGCCAAGUACGUGUUCAAGAUCGUUCCCAUGCUCAACGUCGAAGGAGUCAUCAAUGGUUGCCAUCGAUGCGGCUUGACUAAUGAAGAUUUAAAUCGACGUUGGUGUAAACCCAAUCCAGUUCUGCAUCCGUCUAUUUAUCACACUAAGGGUCUAAUAGAAUACCUAGUUCGUGUUUGGAAAAAACCACCGUUAGUAUACUGUGAUUAUCAUGGGCACUCGCGUAAGAAGAAUGUAUUUUUCUACGGAUGCGCGGGCGCAGAGAGUUGGUGCAGCAACGACCGAUUAGUGCAAGACGAACCGGUCAAUUACCUUAUGCUGCCAGCACUGAUGCACCGGAUAUCACCAGCGUUUGCGCUUGGCUCAUGCUCGUUUCGAGUGGAGAGAGAGAGGGAGAGCACCGCCCGCGUCACAGUGUGGCGACAUCUUGGUGUCACCAGAUCUUAUACCAUGGAAGCUUCUUUCUGCGGAUUUGAUCGAGGACCAUUCAAGGGAUUCCAUCUUAAUACGCAGCAUCUUCAAAGCGUUGGUAGCGACUUUUGCGAAGCACUAAAUGGCCUGAACGAUACUGUCGCCAAUGUUGAUAUACAACUAACCAAAGAUCUCAACGGUGAAGCAGCAGUAGACAGCGAACAGGGCUCCGGCUCAGAUAGUGUUCUGAAAACGGAUUCCGAUGAAGACUUCGAUUAGAUUCCAUCGUGUUCUACCUUAGGUUAAGCGUUCACUACAAAACUAUAUUAUGUCAUACAUACACAUUUCAGUUGCACAAAUAACGUUUGUUAUUUCAUUCUUAGGUUCGUUUAUCCAA